ACGAAGAGCAAGCAGAUGGCAAGCAAGAUUGUACCCACAGGCAGCAAGAGGCCCGCAGACAGCAAGAAGCCCCCAGACACCAAGAAGCCCAAUGACCCCUCAACUCAGCCCACCCACUGUCAUGUCGACUGGUUAUGAGUUCACCCACGAGAAACAACAGCACCUUGCAAGUGACCUGGACCGCCAGAUUCGUGCAGCCUUAGCAGAGAUCAAUGGUCUCUUUGUGUAUUACCCAGAACCCAACUUCUGCGUUCUAGUGGAUGACGGAGAAAACACCAUAAAGGAGAGUUUCAUCAAGGAAGGAAGGAGAAAAGGCGAUUACAGAAUGGAGUCAUGCGUUUUGAUCAGGCAGGUCAAGAAGCGUGCCAAUUUUAAAGCUGUGUUUCCCGUCAGUAAGCCCAUUAUCAUCGUUGCACCAGAAACAUAUAAGAAAUAUGAGAAAGAGCCGGAGCUAAAAGACCUAAAGAUCGGACAGUCAACUCUGAAUGACAGAACUUUGGCAAUUGGUGUAUACUGUAAUGGGGCAAUCGCACUUAAGGCAACCUAUAAAGGGGUGGAUUCACCAAAUGACCCCAAAGUGCACCCAGGAGCAUAUCAUUUAAACUUAAAGUUCAUCAGGGACUUGUAUAAUUGUGAUGAUGACGCAAAAUUUGAAGAGCUGAGUGAAAAAAAUCCAUUCAGCAUGGAUGGAGGAGACGGAAUAGAAGUAGUCGAAGCUAUCAGACAAGCAAGAGAAUGCAGAAUGUUUUUUGAACAAUUUCAGAGAUAUAAUCAAUAAUCAUACUCAUCUGAAUCAGGAACAGCCACAAUAAUUGAAAUAUAUGCUUUUGUUGGUUUGAUUGUCCUCAUUUGUAAGUCACUAUGGAUAAAAGCAUCUGGUAAAUGAUUAAA